CAGUAGCUAGAACCGAGAGGAGGGAGGAUGUCGGACCAACUGCUCGCGUUACUUAGUCCAGCUGCUCUCUGGUCCGUGUUCUCUGUUUUGCUUUCGUAGUUAGUUAAACGAAAACACGAGUUGUUCAUGAUACGUUUUAUUUUUUUCAUUUUUAUUUUUUGUAAUUAUUUGCAACUUAUGAGACCGUUUAGUCGACAGGACACCGCGGUAUCAGUUGGCCUGUAACCGGACGGUGUGUAAGCGGCCCAGGGAAGCCGUGACUUGGGGAUAUUUUUUAACCCUUUAGUUGGAAACACAUAAACCGAAAAGCGUAAAUAUUUACCAACUUUUUUUCUUCCUCUCGUUGUGACUAAGCUAAGCUAGGCUAGCUGACUUGUUUGGUCCCAACGCAGCUCGUUGCUAAACGCCAGAAGCGUGAAAUUCCACUUGUGAUGACUUCGAGGCAGUCGAGCAGCUUCAUCUUCAUCAAUGCACCAUCCCAGACUGGCCUUUGAAGAAACUACUCAUCUUCCGCUAACUUCACAGCUCGCUGCGUACACGCAAAACAAGUGGAUUUAUUUCAGUUGUUUAGAUCUCCAACCUCCUCCAUGACCUUCCUGACAACUAAUGGAGGAGAAAGCCUCUGCUGGGCCUACAAUGGUAUCCAGAUUGCCAAAGUUUGGUGGGCGACCCUCGGCUGGUAUCACUAACACCCACUGCAACAGUUUCACACAACCAUCUACAAUUUUCCAGGAUGGCAAGACUUCUGCUCUUGGUGUUCGUUCCAAUGGCGUGAUUCGCCCAUCUCAAUUUUCACUGAAUUUGAAAGGAGAAGUGGAGAUAAAUCCUGCUGCCCCGACUACGCCUAACAACUCUAAGGAUGGAACUGAGAACAAGGCUCUGUCACAGUUUCCAGAGUUUGCAAAGGAUUUGAAAAAUGGCUCUCCAGCAACACCUAAAAUGCGUAAGUCAGGGUCGUUGAUGGUGGCUGUCUCUAGCCCAAAAGCUGUACCCAAGCAGACUUUAAAGAUCAGUCCUAAAAGUAGGGCUGAUGCCAUCCAGAGUUCACUUGGUGUAAUUUCCAAAGUGGGCUCUAAUGGCUCCAGCAUUUCUGCUCGUACAGGAUCGGAGUCACGGCUUGCACGGCCUAUGUUAGGCUCCUGCUCUCCCCGAAGUAUAUCCCAAGACAGCUUACCACAGUCCAUUGAUGACCUGAAGAAGCAAACUCUGGACAGUAUUGUGCGUUCAAACAGCUUCACUCACUUUAAACAGAUUCCCUCACCCACAGGUGAGCCUAUGACGCGAUCCUUUUCCUUUAAUCGAACUGUAGAGCUGGCAAAGCCAUUAGCCAACACUCAGCUGCGUCCCCCUAGGAGCAGUUUACUCAAAGUCCCACAGUUGAGCAAUGGAAGAGUGAUUUUAGGUAUAAAUGGAAACCAUGGAAGUCCAGGUUUUCUUGGGGGAGGAACUGGGGGACUGCAGUAUAGCAGAAAUCCUCAAGUGACUAACUCUCAACCCAAUCCCUCCACCUCCCAAUUACAAAGUACUCCCCGUGCUCUCAAGAAACCAUUGCUUCCUUGUUCUGUGUUGACCAAGUCAUUGGCCAGCACGGGGUCUGUGGGUUGUAGAAUAGGUCAGACAAAACAGCAAAAGCCUCUUUUACCAGACAAGGUUAGGGAAGCCAUCGGAACAUCUUCUUUCUCUGAAAGUGAGGGUCUUUUAAAAAUAGCAGUGGACAAUAAUGUAACAGGUGUUGGAAAUGCAUGCUCCUCUAACAGCGAAAGUGAUGGAAGCCCUGAAAAUGAUGUCAGAAAUGACGAAAAAAGUGCCUUCAGCAGACAGAGCUUUUGCCAGGCAGCAGCCGAAACUCUGGAAGACAUGUCUUUAUCUUCUGCCUCAUCACUGGACAGAUGUGACACCAGUGAAGAGUUGAUAGAUGACUUGGACUAUGUUGGAGAUGAACUCAAUGACGGGGAAAUGUCCAACAACAGGAAAUGUGGCAGCAUAACUCAAAUCCCACUCAGUGAGGCUGUUGAGCUGGAUUUGACCAAUCUGCCUGAAACAGAAGAAGAAAGCCCUAUGCAAGAUUCUCAGGGACCAUUGGUGGUUUCUUCAGAACAGGGUGAGGCUCAACAGGCUUCGUCUGUUGAGAUAUCGCCCUCAAACAGCUCUGGUGGAACCUACAUGUGGGAUGAAGAGGGCCUACAGCCCCUUGGGAUUCAUGAAACUCAAUCAUUGGAUUAUGAUGACUCAGAGAUUAACAGCAUGGAUAUUUUGAACAACCUGGACCCCUUGAGAACUGGAGAUUUGGAUGAUGAUGACCUCAUGCUGGAUGUGGACCUCCCAGAGGAUGGCUUUCAUGAUUUUGACAGCAUGUCCCAAUUUGAACGCUUUGAGCGAGGCAGCCGGCACGGACAGAGACGUAAUCAGCACCACUGGAAUGGACCAGAGCUCAAUGAUAACAGAGCUCAUGUCCUCCGUCAUUUCGAUGGUCUCAAAGCUUCAAGGACGUCUUCAAGGCCUCUCCAGUCUAAAGGCAUGCAGCACGAGUGCAGAUCGGCGCUGGAUGAACUCACCCUUGAACACAUGUCUCAGGACUGCAACUUACUGAAAAAUCAGCUGCUCAGGCUCAAGAUGUUAUUGCAGCUCGAGGAAACCGACCUUCCAGGAGAGAUUUCUGAGGAGACAGAAGAGAAUACUUCAGCAGCUCAGUUAGACACACUAAUGAAAGAAGUGCAGGAACUCAGGGAGGAACUGAGGAGUCGAGACAAAACCAUAGCUCAACUCACAGCAAAAUGCCAACAACUGCAACAACUUCAGCAGGAGCAAACUUCUUUUCCAGGACAAACUAGGUGUCAAUGCCACCACCAGGGGGCCCCCUCCUCACUACGACCCCACGGUGGCAGGCAGGGUGAAAAACGUCAUCUCUACGACAAAGCUACCCAGACGCACUGGAGGCCACCAAACCAUGCUCCUCAAAUACUACAGCCUUUCAAGCCUUGUCUCAUCGAACCCUCCCACCGGGAAAGACCAGUAAGAACUCUCCCCAUCGAGGGCCACAAUGAACUAUCAGAGAGGACAUCAGAGGAAGCAACUCGCGCAGAUGACUGUCCUCCUGAAGCUCUCGUGGCAGAUGUGUGUUGGGCAGCAGACCCUGACAAGCUGACUCAUCGCCUCCGCACCAACCUGCCCUGCCUGCGCUCUUGCACUCCACAGGAAAUGACUGCAAAAGACAGCCCAGCGUCAGCACAACAGUGUGCAGCGCAGCAUGGGUGCAAAUCCCUCGCUGUGAUAACCCACGACCCUGUCGCUCCAAGAUCUGCCGGUUCCACCUGCCCUCGCACGCUGCCGCCUCCUCGCCUUCACAAGCGCAUGCCACACCCGUCGCCCAAGCUAGGGGGCGCUGGAGGGUCUCCAAGGGCUGCAUGCUUUGCAGGAUCUUCGGCUAACCAGGCCAAGCAGCUGCCCCCUCCAUCUAGGGGCCUUCCCUGCUUCAAUGCAGGACCCUGGGUGCAGACUCAAAAACUGUUUAGCACUUCAAUCACUCAGCCUCUCAGAACAUCAGAGCCGGGGAAGGAUUCCUGGCACACUAACACAAAAUCCCUGGAGGAGUCCACCCAGGCGAGACUCGGAGACACCGGGUCAGCAAAAACCCUCAUCCCUUUGAGGCGCUCCUGCCUCCCCAAGCCAAAGAUUCCCUGAAGAGCUGAAAUCCUCCAAUCAACACUUGAAACUGGAAUGGCGCUGUCAUUGACAUUUCUCCUCCUCUCCUCCAAGCCACAACAACAGUGGAACCUUUGUUCCUUCAAAAUAUUAAAGGAACCAACCUUAGGCUGCUGGCUGAGCUGGACCCAUCAGUGACACUGAUAUGAGAUUGCUUCGUAAUGUUGUCUGCAUUGGCUGCCAUGAUUUGCGCACAAAUUCUUCUUUCUUUUUUUGAUGUUGAUUGAGAAAAAGCUGAAACUACAGUGAACAAUCAUUUCCUCUGGUCUUCACAUGGAGAAGGUUCUAGUUUGCACAUGUUAUUGAAUGCUGAUGCAGAAGGAAAAGUGAUAGGAAGCAGGAAAGGAAGAUGUUUAUUUCCUGCCUUCGUGAAAGCCAUUUGUUAGAAUACUGUCUUUUUUUAUGGGAGCUUUGAGGGUUAAAAAAAAAGGAUGUGAAAUAAAAACAGUUAAAAGAUUAAAUGGAUAAAUGACUCCUCACUGUAAGCAUGGAUAGAUUUUUAUUUCUGACCACUACUUUUAAUAUGGAUUUUUAAACCAUGGGCAUAAUAGCAGACAGUUCUUUUCUUUUUAUUAAAAAGACACACAAACACACUGUUGGACAUGUGUGAAAAAGUUUCUGUCAAUAGUGAUGCAUUAUUAAAAGCAUAAAUUUGUUUAGACACAAAAAAAAAUAGUUAGACUAGAUUAUAACAGUUUAAAACAGGUAUUUGAUUAAACAGUUAAAAAAAACCUCACAACUCAAAGGUGAAUUUCAAUCAUUUUUUCUGCUUUGCAAAAAAUGUCCAAGAAAACGACAGUGAUUUUUUGUGAUUUUGCUUUUAAUCAUAAUUAAAAGACGGCAUAACGCUUAUAAAUGGCUCAAAAGAUGGUCAGAGUGGGUCUUUAAACUGAAAAUUUAGCAACAAAUGUACUUUUUGCUUUCUAAUUCUGUAAAUUAUUUACCCCAUUAAAACAUUUUCAGGUUCAGUUUACACAAAUGACCAUCAAUUCUUUUAGUUCCGUCUAAAGGUUUGUAAAAAAAAAAUGUUGACCAGCAAUUAUCAGAAAAGAGCCAAACAACAUAAAUAUCACAUUGUCAAGAAGACAAUCCCUAUGACAACCACUAGACAUCACUUAAAAAAUUGAAGUUUUAAUUUUGUAUUCAUCUUUUAAUCAUGCAUCAGUUAUUUUGAUACACUUUUCAAAGAAAUUAUUUCUAAAAGGGGACAACUUAUCUUCACUCUAAUAAAAAAAUGAUAGCAGUGUGGUCUUCAAAAUAUCUAUGCCAACAUCAACUUCUGAUAAUAACAUUUAGAUGUGAGCCUUUUUUUUUGGCACUUAGAUGAACACUCAUCAUUUCAAACCUUUAUCUGAACAUCACGAUAUCAUUAAAAACAAAAUACCAGUUUGCACUGGCAAAAUAUCCACUUCUUGCCCCGCUCCAAAAAAAGUUACAAAUUGUGUCAAUUAAACAACUUGUGCUUUAACAAU